AUGAAAUUGAACGUGAUAUUCUUGGGCACAAGCCACCCACACAUCUUCCAUCGAUUCACCUACCUGCAGGCGCGAAGCGACACCAUCAAGCUCCUUGGGUACUACGAUCAUGACGCGCAGGUCGCCGAACAGAUGCAAAAACACGCCUGUUGUCCACGAUACGCCGACCUCGGGGAGCUUAUGAGCCUGCCUUACGACAUCGCCUUGAUCCACGGGCGCGACGCCGAAAACCCUGAUUACAUCCACCGCGCCAUCAAGAGCGGGGCCAAGGGGCUUCUGGUCGAAAAACCCGGCGCCGCGCAGCCGAGUGCGUUUUACCCACUGGUCCCCGAGAUUCGCGCGCGGGGAAUCGUUUUCGAAGUCGGGUGGGAGCUUCACUACCUGGAGACUGUAGAAUUCGCUCGACGGAUUGUCAAGGGUGAGGUUCUAGGACCCAUUACUGAGGCGCGCUUCCACGGGGGAUGUCCUGGGGGCGCAGGCGACGAGCCGUGGCAGUCGGAUAGCGGCAGUAUUGGCGGCUUCUUCUACAGCCUUGGGGGUCAUGUUGUGGAGUCGGUGGUCGACCUAUUCGGACUGCCGCGACAUCUCGUCUCGUCUAUUCGAAAGCUGCCGGUGCGGCCGCCGCACGAGGGGUUCUCUUGGGUCCCCAAUCUCUUCAGCGGGCGACAGUUGAAUCCCGAGAAGACGGUAGGUGAGCUCGCCCACGAGGACAUCGCCUCGGCCAUACUCGAGUAUGACGACUUUAAUGUGCAUCUGGACUUUACCGCUUGGGAGCCGAGUGCGUACCUCAAGGACUGGACCAUUGAUAUUUACGGGGUCGGCGGCUCGCUGCAUCUGAACCUGGAUGGACCUGGGAGCAGCAUUGUGUUGAAGACCGCCGUGGGGACAUGGAAAGCUGGACGGAAUAGUCUUUUUACAGGCGAGUACGCAGAGGGGGAAAUUCUCGCGGCUGCAUUCAAGAAACAAAUGGACUCUUUCUUCCAUCGGGUUCAAGCUGGACUUGUGGACGGCGACUGUUGUAAUGACACGAUGGCUGCGAAGCUCCUGAAGCUUUACGACGCUCUAUACGAGUCCGCACAAACUCGAAGCUGGGUAUCUAUGUCCAUGUAG